AUGUGCCUCACUGCUCACGGGUUCGGAGCCAGUUCCGCCCUUGUAGAAGCCAUGGGUAAGAGGAGACCAAGAAGUCACCAGCCUAGCGGGUCGGCCGCAGGCCUCGGCUAUUGCCUUACGACCAUCUUCGUCGCAGGGCUGGCGUUCGUGGACUCGUUCAACCUUGUGUUGCACCGCUGUCAUAAUCAUCAGAGCCAGUGCAGCAGCAAUAAUCCACGGCAGCAACAACACCUGGGACAUGCUGGUGCGAGCGGCGGCAGAUUGCGAGCAGCAUCGUUGAGAGGCAAGGCAUGCAGCAGCUGCUCCGCAUCACCGCCUCGUAACGGCAUCCCAGAUGUCUCUUCCUCCCGCCGAAGAGCUACGGCGGGAGAGGACGGAGCAUCGAAACGAACAGGUACCGACUGCGUCACUGCACGUACGCGUGCAUCAGUAUCGAAAAUCGCUGCUGCUGCUGCAGACAGACCCUCAACAACGCGAACGCCAGCGUCUAGUGCUAAUGGGAAGCGUAGAGAGGCCGCAAGAGGCAUUGGGAGGAGGGGCAAGGCAGCAGCUGCCGUGAAUGAUUCCAGACCUCGGUCUGUAGGAGAAGUGAGGACAUCGCUGGAGCAGAAACAGCGACUGCAGCGGUCGAUCGGGGAAGUUGAGGACCGGGCUGUGAGCCGCGGCCAGCUAGUCAGCUCUUUCGCGCUAAUGGGAGCGGCAACGGCGUUGCUGGGGGCCAGUGGGAUGGCCAGUGCAAGCACAGAGCAACUGGACGAGAUCCUUGUGUGGAGCCCGAAGUCGGAAAUCAUGAAGCGGGCCAAGUCUACCGGGGGUAGGACGGCGACAGGCACAAACGAGACGUACCCAGUGCGUUUCGUCACGUACCUGGCGCGCUUCCUUCUCAACUACGACAGGGCUAGCAGGCAGCUGUGGGAUAGGAUGGCUACCACCAUCCCGAUCAACUUCAGCACGCUUGAGGUGGAAGCGGUGCGGCGGGAUCAGUUUGCCGAGUUUGCUAAGGCCGUUCAGGUGGGGCUGCUGGACUUCCAGGGUCCGCAAGGAAUAAAGGCCUUCUUCUCGCUCAUGCGCUCCAGAUAUGGCCAGGGUGAGGAGUGUAAGAGGCAGCUGGCCAUUCUGUUCAGCUUCAUAGAGGAGUCUCAGCCGACUGAGUCGAUCGAAUUGCUCUUGGGAGAGGUUGACAACGGGCAAGUCAACAACAUCGUCGUCACUGAUCCAGGCGGAGGAUACACCGGCAAGGUUCCCAAGGUUACGAUCUCCGGAUCCCAAGCCGGGAAGCAGGCCACCGCUCGAGCCGUCCUGAGGGAGACAGGUCACUUGGUGGGCGUUCGACUGAAAGACUGCGGCUCAAGCAAAAGCUUCGAAGCCCCUCCGCCAGUGUACGUGAGUGCUCCUGCGGAUCCCGAAGGAGUUCAGGCCAAGGCCAGGGCUAUCUUGGACAAGAGAAAGGGCUUCAUCUCGGCCAUCGAGAUCACCAACCCCGGCUCUGGGUACAACACCGCUCUUGCCCCCGUAACGGUGGAGGUGUUCGGGUCGGAAGUGGACGAGACUGGCGAUGAACUGGUGGAAAGCGUGUUGAAGGAGGGUACAGGGGGAGCUUUGGGGGAGACCGCUUGCCCAUCUAACUUUGUGGCAGAGGCGAUCGUCGACAGGGAAGUGGGUUCUGUGGAGAUUUUGAACCAUGGUGACGGCUACGCCACUUCGGUCCCCCUAGUGGUAGAGAUACAGUCUCCGGAAGAGACCGGAGGCCACCCAGGCGGAACGCGGGCGUAUGCCGUGGGGCUAGUGGCGGCGGGACUCGCGAUCGACGACUCUCAAACUGGGCUACCAGUGCCCAACACAUCGGUUACCUCUAAGCUUGCGCAGAUGCUCCCUUCCGCUGUGGCAGACACCCUCACCAUCAACGAGGCACCCACAAAGGGAUGCUAUGAGUCGCUUGAUCUGGUGGACCUACCGGGCGGUACGCCUAAGGUAUCUCCGGGAUCUCCGACAGACUCCCGGGCUCGCAAGGGUCCGCCCAGCAGUGCCAUGUUCGACCCGGUGUUUGGUCCGGUCGGGAGGUCUCCGUUGGAGAAGGAGGCUGUCCUCAACGUGGAGGACUACCUCAAGCUGUCCUUGGCGGGAGCCGCCUGUAACGCCCUGGUCCGCUUCUUCCUGCACCCCGUGGACUGCGUUAAGACUACGGUGCAGGCCGAGAUGGGACGGGAGGUCGGCGGCGACGAGAGCGGUAUGGAGGGGGGCGGCGGUGAGGGUUGGAUCGGCACCGUCAAGGGCAUCCUGAAGAAGGGUGGAGUGGGCGAGCUAACCCGGGGCAUCGACGUGUCUACGAUCUUAGGCUUCAUGCUUGGUUUCAUCGGAUUUGGAGGCACGGAGCUGUUUAGGCGAGAGCUGAAUCGCAUGAUGGAGAUGAUGCCAGCAGGCAGUGGAACUGGAAGCUCGGUGUGGGUAAUCCUUCUCGCGAGCGCGCUAGCCCAGGUGGUGUCAGCCAUCAUCACCUGUCCCGUGGAGGCUGUCCGCAUCCGAGUCAUGACGUGCGACCGCAGACCUGAGUUCCUUUCCUUCAUCGGUAAGGCUCAGGAGAUGGUCGACCAGGAAGGGUUGCUCUACUUCUGGUCCGGCCUGGGGACGUUGCUUUUCCGAGAGCUGCCUUUCGGCAUCGCCAAGUUUUUGACGUUUGAGCUGGUCCGGGACAAGAUCUUCCAAGAGUUGCCGGCUGCCCAAGAAAGCGUCUUCUACGCUCUGGUGGUUUCGAUUUUGGCCGGCAUGACGGCGGGGGUAGCCGGCGCCAUCGUCUCCCAGCCGGCGGACACAAUCCUCACCCGGAUCAACACCGUCGUGCCCAAGUCGUCGCCCGUACCAGCGGCGGCGGCCACUAGACGCAGGCCUUGGGACUUGAAGCCUUCCCUCGCCGGCAGCGUAGGGUCGUCAUCAUCCUCAGCAGCAGGGGGAGGCGUGUUCGGGAGGGAGGGCGUUGGGUUGAUGGAGAAGAACACUGCUAGUGGUGGGGGGNGGGGGGGGGGGGGGGGUUGAGGAUAGUGCGGGUCCCCCUGACUGGAAGGAGGUUGUGCGGGAAGUGUUCGAGGGGGAGGAGGGAAUCGGCGGUUUGUUCAGUGGAUUGGGAUUGAGGGCAGUUUUCUUCGGAGCUGCCAUCGCGCUACAGUUCUUCGCCUUCGACUACUUCAAGGUGCUCCUUCAGGUGGCCCCCGACGACCUCCAGCUGGUGCUUGACGUCUUCGCAGAUCGACUCUCAUUCUACCCCGGCGGUGGACCCUAACCCGCUCUGACACUUGCCGCUAUCAACUCAAGCUCUGGAAAAGGCCACCCCUUCCCGUUGAAGAGGUUGCUCUUCUGAGCUACUGUUGUCUCGCUUGUGCAGGGAAACUUAUUUGCGUUUUUUUAUGGGAGCGUGACGUGGGAAUGACGUGGGGAUGAAGCAGAGAGACAAAGGGGGUGGGGGCCUCCAAGGAAGUUUUGGAACGGUGUGUCAGGGAUCAUCAUCGCAGUGUCGAUCGACGAUCCGCUGUGUCACGGGACCAAACGAUGGCUUGCUUGCUAGACAGCUCGGCGGUGAAAUCUGGUUCAUGCUGGACUUGUGCAUGGUUGAUCGAAACAAUCGCCCGCGAGCCUUGAAGAAAGCCGGGGCUCUGAUUGGUCGAGCCUCGAUUGGUCCGAGAUGUAUGUGUCGAUGAGCGUGCCUGCGAUUUCCCGUGGUCGGUUGCUGGAUUUUCGAGGGUGUACGGGGUGUGUUGGUUGUCUUGGGGAGGCUUGUUGCAUGGUAUUGCCUUUGCGAGAUCGUUUGCCGCCGUUUUUUCCUCCUCGCGCACAAACUCUCCCCAGCACUAAAAUGCUACUACGGAGUUUUGUUGGUCUGACUGCCGCCUGCGCUUUACCGGUGGUGGUCUACUCCUUGUGUCGAGGCGCCCCCUUGAAAUCAAACAUGGAUCGGAUCGAAGCGCGGGGAGGAAGCAAAAGGGCUGGUCAUUUAGUGCUGGUUCCCUUCGUGGGUUGACAAUAAUUGGCGAGUCUGGAUGUGCUGCGCCCAACCGGGCUUGGUAGCAAUGGACUGCAUUCGGUGUGGUCGGGUUGGGGGGGGGAAGGGGGGUGUUUAUCGCGGAGGUUGGGUUGCACGAUGAAACCUUGACCUACCGGUUGAGUUAAGCGAUGUGUUUGUUGCAGGAGGCAAGCCGCUACUGUACUACGGUUUGCUGAUGGAGCGCAGGAAAGAGCGGCAGCUAUCAUGUCUUGUCGGUUGGCAAGCGUUGGACUUGUACAUUUUUGGGACUUCAUGGUGACACCUAACCUAAUCUACUUGUUCGUAGUAUGCAUACAUGGAUUGGACUUUUCUCAGGGUGACCCACCCCCGCGCUGAGUAGUCUAGACUUGAAACAGCAUGCCCGG